UGAUGGCCCCAACUAAACUAAAAGUGCAUCCUUUAAAGCCCCGCAGCCCACCCGCUUCUCUCCGUCUUCGUUUAUGGGAAGGCUGAGCACAUCCUCUUGGAUAAGUGGACGGCAAAAAUGAAGUACAUGCCUACGCUUCUGAUGAGGUCAUUCUCAGCUUGUUCUUUGCCAGCUACCCCAACCACACUUCAAGAAAUUGCCUACUCAAAUUCAAAAGGUUUUGCAAAGGUUGUGCUAAAGAAGGGAAAAACACAACUCUUUAAGGAUGGCAACCCAAUGGUGUAUAGCGGAGCAGUUGAUAGAAUAAUUGGGAGGCCACCACCUAAGACUGGAGACAUUGUUUUGGUAGCUGAUGGGACUGAAAAGCCAAUUGGUUGGGGCUUGUAUAACUCAGUUUCGAUGUUCUGUGUUCGGCUCAUGCAACUUGAAGUUGAAGCUACUAGUGACUCAUCAUGUGCAUUGAACAUGGAGAAACUGCUUGAAAAGAGAAUUAAUGAAGCUGUUGAAUUGCGUAGAAGGUUGGGUCUUCCUUCAGUCCAUACAAAUGCUUAUCGUCUAAUAAAUAGCGAGGGUGACAGAUUAUCAGGUUUGAUUGUUGAUGUCUUUGGAGAUGUAGCUGUAGUCGCAUCAUCCGCAGCUUGGGUUGAGAAAUACAAAUCAGAGAUAGAGGCGUGCAUCUGGAAAAUCAACUAUAUCAAUCAUGUAAAUUGGAGGCCAUCUGUUGAUAUUUUAAAGGAAGAUGGAGUUGAUUUGUCUCAUUCAAAGGAAUUACAUUCAUCUAACUGUCCUGAAAGAACAAAGGUAUGCAGGAGUCCAAUUAUGGAAAAUGGGAUUGUAUACACGGUUUCACUGAAAGGCCAGAAGACAGGAUUUUAUGCAGACCAGCGUGAGAAUCGACAGUUUAUAUCAAGCAUUUCAGAUGGUCAAAAGGUUCUUGACCUUUGUUGUUACAGCGGUGGGUUUGCUCUAAAUGCAGUACGUGGAGGUGCCAUAAAUGUCACUGGUAUUGACACAUCAUUGCCAGCGCUGGAUCUAGCUAAAGAAAAUGUGGUGCUAAACAAUUUGGAUCCAGGAAGAAUAUCAUUUUUCAGAGAAGAUGCAACUGAAUUUAUGAAGGAUGCUCAGUUAAGGGAUGCAUCCUGGGAUAUUGUCAUCAUUGACCCUCCUAAACUGGCGCCAACAAAGAAGGCCUUGCAUGGUGCAUCUGGUAUGUACAGAAAAUUGAAUUCGUUUGCGAUGCAACUUACUAAACGAGGUGGUCUUUUGAUGACCUGUUCAUGUUCUGGAGCUAUGACCCAAAGUGGAACAUUCCUGCAUAUUCUUCAGGGUGCAGCUGCUAUGGCUGGGAGAAAAAUCACAGUUCUGAGACAGGCCGGAGCAGCUUGUGAUCAUCCUAUUGAUCCAUCAUACCCAGAAGAAUGGCUCCUCAAUCGUCUUCCCAAAGUUCGCGUAGCAGGAGCAAGACUCGUGGAAGAAGGAGGACGUGCUUCUGUGGGGAGAGACCAGUGUUGCGGACAUCAUCUAUAGCAGAGAACCUAGGAAGAAGAUUCUGGGGAUGCAUCAACUAUCAGAUGCUGAAGGGCAAGACCCACAAAUUCAGAGACUGAAGAAGAAAGCAAGUGUCUUAAAAGAAAACCUACAGAAAGCUGAAAGAAAAUUUGCAUUGGCACUUGCUGUUGGAAUUCUUGGAUGGAUAACGGUUGGACUGCUGCUAUAUACUCAAUUUAAUUGAGGUUUAGGGGUUAACAAUUAUCUUGAUUUCUUUUGCUGUUGUUGUCCCUAGUUUGAUAGGAAUGUCAAAUGUUCAGUGGAAUGAAAAAUUGACAUACAGUUAGAGUCCUAACAGCAAUGUCUUAGGAAAUAACAAAUUGGCACAGUUAUGUGUAAAAGGUAUAUGCUUUAAACAUUAUCAAUUAUUAAGUGAAAUGGAAAACUAUGUAUUCCUGUAUUUUGACAUA